AGUGACACAAAACUAUUGGUUUGUGUUUGUACCAUCGAACCAUUGUAUUUAAGUUCAAUGGUUUGUACGUCGGAUGAUCAUAAAUUAUGAUAAAUUUUUCAAUUUUUACAAGAUGUGUAUGCAUUUUACAUUUUUUGCUCGGUUUCGUUAACGGAGAACGCUUAGAUUUAGGUGGAAAUUGGCAAUUGCAAAACAAAAAUGGAACCAUAAAAGUUAAUGAUGUGUUAGUUCCUGGUUAUGUCCACACCGCUCUGUUGAAAGCGAGAAUAAUUGAUGAUCCUUACUAUCGAUAUAAUGAUGAGGUAUAUCGAUGGAUUGAUUAUGAUAACUGGACAUUUUCUAGGGUAUUCAAUGUGGAAGAUGAUUUCCUUAAGAAGAACACCAUUCUUCUGAGAUGUGAAGGAUUAGACACAGUUGCUGAUGUGUUUGUUAAUAACAUAUUGAUUGGAAAAAGUGAAAAUAUGUUUCAAAGAUAUGAUUGGGACGUUAAGAAGUUUCUGGUUCCUGGUUCUAAUGAAAUAAUCAUUUCAUUUACAUCUGCUAUAACAUAUGCUGCACAAAAAAGUAAAUUAUAUACUCAUACUAUUCCUCCGAACUGCCCACCACCUGUGCAACAUGGAGAAUGUCAUGUUAAUCUUAUAAGAAAGAAGCAAUGUUCAUUCAGUUGGGAUUGGGGUCCAGCAUUUGCAAGUCAAGGUAUAUGGAGAAAUAUAUCCAUCAAUGCUUUUAAUAGUGCGUUGAUUAAUGAUGUCCUUGUGAAAACAAUAAAAGUCAAUUCUAGCGGUGCUGUAUGGCGUUUACAGGUUGAUGUACUACUUUUUUGUGGAAAUGAAGAAAGUUUGUCAAGUUUAGUGGCUUUACUGCCUGUUUUUGGUUUGAUGUCAGAAGGAAAAGCAAGGUGCUCUUCCUUUGGUCUUACUCAAAUUUCAUUACCUAGCAUAUUGUUAUUGGAACGACACGACGUCAAGACAUGGUGGCCAAGAGGAUAUGGUGAUCAACCAUUAUAUAAUCUCGUGGUUACAGUGAAAAAUACAUAUUCAUUUGAAAUUUCAAAGAAAACAGUUCGUAUCGGCUUUCGUGAAGUUGAACUUGUUCAGGAGCAGAUGUCAAAAGGUCUUAGUUUCUCAUACAAGAUAAACAAUGUUAUGAUGUUCAUGAAAGGAGCAAAUUUUAUCCCCCCAGAUGUUUUCGAGGAUCGUGUAACGGAGGAUGUAUUACGUAACGUACUGCAGUCAUCAGCUGACGCGAAUAUGAAUAUUGUUAGAAAUUGGGGCGGUGGUAUAUAUCAACAUGAGGCAUUUUAUGCUAUUGCUGAUGAACUGGGUUUAUUAGUAUGGCAAGAGUUCAUGUUCGCAUGUGAUUACUAUCCUGCUGAUAAGAAAUUUUUGGAUUCUGUACAAACGGAGGUUAAACAACAGGUUUGGCGUUUACAGUAUCAUCCUUCUAUUUUGGUUUGGAGUGGAAAUAAUGAAAUUGAAUCAAGUGUAACAGAUAAUUGGUAUGAUGUGAAGAAUCUUACAUAUUAUAAGAAAAACUACGUACAGCUUUUCAUUGACACUAUAAGAACAACAGUUUUGUCAAUUGAUACAUCUCGUCCGUUCAUUUCCUCUUCGCCUUCCAAUGGAUUAGAAACGGAGAAAGAAUCGUGGAUAUCUAGCAAUCCAAACAGUGAAUUUUAUGGAGACGUUCACUAUUACAACUACACAAUGGAUUGCCUGGAUAUUCGGGGUUAUCCACAACCACGCUUUGCUUCUGAAUAUGGACUACAAUCACUGCCUCGUUUUCAGACACUUUCUAACAUAACUAGCACAGAGGAUUGGUCAUAUUUUAGUCCUUUGAUGUUACACAGACAACAUCAUGCUUCAGGAAAUAAAGAAAUGUUACAUCAAAUGAAAAUGCACUUUAAACCAAGCUCAACUGAUCAUUUAAAACAAUUUAAGGACAUCCUUUAUCUUUCUCAGGCUAGUCAAGCUAUUUGUAUAAAAACAGAAUCUGAGCACUACCGACGACUACGGAGUAUCAUAAACCAGGGUCGAGGUCACACAAUGGGAGCUAUUUAUUGGCAGUUAAACAGCAUUUGGCCUGCUCCAACUUGGUCAUCUUUAGAAUAUGGCGGCAAAUGGAAGAUGCUGCACUAUUACGUUAAAGACAUUUUUGCUCCAGUUAUUAUUUCACCGUUUGAACUUAACAAUACUUUGUAUGUUUUUGCUGUAUCUGAUCUGCUUCAGGACGUUGAAAUUGAGUUGAAUAUCUCUGUUUGGGCUUGGAAAGAUAACGAAAAUCCAAAGAAAAUUAUAAAAAUUUGGAAGAAAGUACCUUCACAAUCAUCCCUCAAAAUUUGGCAAAAAGGAAUAAUGAAUAUAUUAUCCUCAAGUGAUUGUGAAAAGCGGAGCCUUUGUGUCAUGACAUUAUCCUGUUCUCCAGCAAAUGAAAACAAUAUUUUGGAAAUUCCAACAAACAUAUUUUAUUUUUCUUCCUUGGCAGACGUAACGCUUGUUAAUCCUAAUAUUCUGAUUUCCAAUGUUUCUGUGAUGUCUCGGAGAAGCAACACAUUCAAAAUUGUUGUUCAGUCCGAAGCAAUUGCUGCGUUUGUUUGGUUGGACAGCGGUAGUAUACCUGGACGGUUUUCAAACAAUGGUUUUCUUGCAACACAGCAAUUUACUAAGGUUGUUUUUCACUGUUGGAAAUCAUCAGUAUUGUUGUCCGACGUUAAAAAGCUCUGACUGUUUCAUCUCUCUAUGAUGUUUACUCUAAUUAAAUGAAAGUAAUCUCAAA